GUUCACACAGGAGAGAGAUGUGACUAUCGUGGAAUCUCUGGGGAGCCUCAACAGCCUCAUGAUGCUGACAAGGCAGAGAGUCUCUCCAGAUCAGAACUCCUCAAGAAACACCAGCAGAGACCCACAGGGAAGAAAUCUCACUGCUGCUCUGACUGUGGGAAAUGUUGCAAAUCUUCAUCAGAACUUAAAAUACACCAGAGAACACACACAAGAGAGAAACCUUAUAGCUGUGAUCAAUGUGGGAAGAGUUUUACUAUAUCUAGCUCUCUGACUGUACACCAGAGAACACACAAAGGAGAGAAACCAUAUGGCUGUGCUCAAUGUGGGAAGAGUUUUACUACAUCUAGCCACCUGACUGUACACCAGAGAACACACACAGGAGAGAAACCAUAUGGCUGUGAUCAAUGUGGGAAGAGUUUUGCUAAAUCUAGCCAUCUGACUGCACACCAGAGAACACACACAGGAGAGAAACCAUAUAGCUGUGAUCAAUGUGGGAAGAGUUUUGCUAAAUCUAGCCAUCUGACUACACACCAGAGAACACACACAGGAGAGAAACCAUAUAGCUGUGAUCAAUGUGGGAAGAGUUUCACUACAUCUAGCAAUCUAACUAUACACCAGAGAACACACACAGGAGAUAAUCCGUGCUGUGAUCAAUGUGGGAAGAGUUUUUCUACUCCUAGCUAUCUAACUAUACACCAGAGAACACACACAGGAGAGAAACCUUAUAGCUGUGAUCAAUGUAGGAAGAGGUUUUCUUCUUCUAGCUAUCUAACUAUACACCAAAGAACACACACAGGAGAGAAACCUUAUAGCUGUGAUCAAUGUGGGAAGAGUUUUUCUUCUUCUCGCUAUCUAACUAUACACCAUAGAACACACACAGGAGAGAAACCAUAUAGCUGUGAUCAAUGUGGGAAGAGUUUUACUUGGCCAAAAAGCCUGAAUAUACACAAGCGGACACACACAGGGGAAGAGAUACUCUGAUAAAAGAUCUCUGAUUAAACAUAGUUGUUUCAUGAUAUCAAUUAAAUAAUGUCAAUGUAGAAGCCUAAACAUUUGUCCCUGUUACACUUCCCACGUUGGUUACCCACUUUAAUCAAAAUGCAACACUUCAAAAUGUAGCAAGAUGUUUUCUACAAAUUGUCCUCUAACCAGGGAUGUACACAUGACUCCCAGAUUCUGUGUCGUUUUUGAGCUGUUAGUUUUAACAGGACGUGCAACCUCAUCUCCCUUCUGUCACACAAUUGAUUUCAACAUGAUAUUGUUGAGUGAUGACAUAAGUGUUAUGUUCCUUUGUUUAGCGACCCCUAGAUUUAAAUGCAUCACUCCAAAAUGUAGCUGACUGUCUUCUGCAGGUUGUCCUCUAACCAGUGAGGUAAAAUAUAUCUCCCAUUUCCAUGUGUUUUUUUUAGUUGUGUUAGUUUCAACAGCACAUACAACCUGAUGUCCCCCCUAAUUGAAUUCAUUGAUUUAUUGCUACUUGUCAAAACAACAGCGUUUCUGGUGCUUGUGCAGUUUAUAAGGAGCUUGUUUAAAUAAAUAUAAGUAAUAUGAUUAUUGAAAAUACUUAAUAAGAUUAGUGUGGCAGAUGUUUGUGUAUAUAGUACAUUUUACAUUUAGGUUUUCAAUUUAUCACAAACUGUUUCUGCAUUUG